CUUGCUGUCGUCGCUCUCGUCCGUCAUGGCCCUAGCCCUAGCCUUCCCUCCAGUACAGCGCGCCUCCACCACUUUCGCUCCCUCUCUCGGCAAGACUACUGCACUGCACAGUCCCAGAGUCCCAGACUAACAAUGGCCCGAAACCCGUUCUAUGUUUUCAGUAGCAGCUACUGUACAGAAGAGAAGAAAAAAAAAAGAAGCUUGAGAUGCUUGGCUGCCGCCGCUGUUCCUCGAUGUAGCUCUAGCGUAUACGUUGAGUGCGUGGGUGGAACAACCGGAUACGCGCGCCACCACCACCACCACCACCACAUGCCCACGUUGGGGCGGGCGUUCUGUCAACCAAACUGUCAGUUUGUGCGUGUUCUAGAUAAAACCAAUCGACUUUUGAUUUAUGCAGUCCCCCAGUAGAGUCCCCUCGCGGUAUGCAUGCGUUUAAUGAAUUGAACAUUCGCAUUCUUGUUCUUUUUGCUUCCGUUGCCUUUUGUUGUUGGUGUUCCGAGCCAAUCGAUGAGCAUGCCGCUGCCCGCCCCCGCCAAAAUGCCCGACGCUCAUUGAGUGGGGACACGCGAAUCAUGUACAUAUGUAUGUAUGUAUGUACAUACUUACAUAUGUCGCCCAUGCCGGUUGGGCUGCAUCUUGCAUCUUGCAUGCCAGCUGCAACUAUACAUACAAAAGUGUGAACGAUUGCCAUGGACGGCAUGGAACGCUACGAGAUUGGCCCCUUGGCCCCAUCUAGAUACGCACGCUGUUCCUGUCCUGCAUGACAGGCAACUCAAACAAUGGCACCUCCUGCUCCCCGUG